AUGGACAUGAAAAAUCAGACAGUAUCCAAUUUUAUAAUAAAAGGAAUUUCAGAAAUUCCUGAACUACAAUUUCCUGUCUUCCUUCUAGUUUUACUCCUUUUCCUGUCCACUCUUCUUGGCAACAUGACCAUCUUGGUCCUGGUCUGUCGGGAGCGUCAAUUACAUACGCCAAUGUAUUUCUUUCUGGGUAACUUGUCCAUCUUGGACAUCUCAUCUACAACUGUGACUCUUCAUAAGACUGUUACUACCUUUGUCACCGGAGUUAAAAUUGUUACUUUUGCCGAAUGCAUGGCCCAUGCCUACUUCUUCAUGGCCUUGGAAUGCACAGAACUCUUGAUAUUAGGUGUCAUGAGUUAUGAUCGGUAUGUGGCUGUCUGCAGUCCCUUGCAUUAUCACAUGGUCAUGAACUAUCGAAUCUGUGUGCUGCUGGCCACCAUGUGCUGGAUGUCAGGAUUUAUUGAAGUUAUUCCCCAUACUUAUAUUCUAUCUAAUUUCACUUGUUAUAUCUCCAAUGUUAUCAACCACUUCUUCUGUGAUGUCCUACCACUAAUGAAAAUUUCCUGUAGUGAUGUGUCAUUGCUGAAGCUCUGGAUUGUCACAGAAGGUGUAUUUGUUUCAGGUUUAAUACCUUUAUUAAUGACUAUAAUCCCCUAUAUCUUUAUAAUACUUGCCAUACUAAAGAUUAGGACCAAUAAUGGUCGGCAGAAGGCUGUCUACACAUGUUCCUCACAUCUCACCAUUGUGGUUCUUCUCUAUGUGACACUUUACUGCUUAUAUCUAUCACCAGCCUCAGAAAAUUCCUUAGAUUCUCACAAACUGUUUUCUCUUUUUAACACAGCUGCUGUGCCAUUAUUGAAUCCUCUCAUUUAUAGCCUCAAAAACAAGGAGGUAAAGUUAGCGACUAAAAAGCGGAUCCAUUUCUAA